ACAACAAGCUAUUUGUUUUAAUAGAAUGCAGCUGGACCACAGGGAUCUACCGAAGCCCCAUACAGAAGUGCAACAACUGCAAACUCUGCAUGGCAUGCCAGGCUGUCAGGCAGUGCUUUGCAACACUUCAAAAGACAAUCCCAACACAAGCCCAUGCUCCCUGUCUACAUGGAUCACCAGAACAGUCAGCGUGAGGCAGGCACUGGGGUUCCAGCCGCCAGGAGCUACUCUGCUGCCUAUGACAGCGCUACAUUGAGAAGAAAGGAGACCUAUUACUAUCUGACUGAUCUGGAAAUUCCGCCUCCAUUAUUUCAUGAGGGGAGCCCAGAGGAAUGCUUACUUAGCAGACACAGUGAGAUACCAUGCACAGGUUCAGCAGGCAGCCAGCGAUCACUGCAGCCAGAGAGGACAGAAGCCUGAUACAGGGCUAGCUGCAGUCAGAGAUACACAGAGGCAGUGCUGAACAGUGCUGAAUGGAGCCCUCCAGCUGACAGAACCAUGUGGGGUUUAAGGGAACUGACACUUUGGCUAAGCUGAGAAGGCAUUGCAAUUUAUCAGCAGGAUGGUAACAGUGGCAGCUAAUAAGACCAAUGAAGACAGAGCAAAGCGAUGGAGGACACCACACCAGAGCCCGCCUUUGUCGAUGUGGACAAAGGAUUCACUUUAGCAGGACUGGUCUUUCUCUGCCUGUUCCUGAUUGCCAUGAUCAUCCGCUGUGCCAAAGUCAUCAUGGACCCCUACCGUGCCAUCCCGACCUCCACGUGGGAGGAGCAGUACCUGGAUGAUUAGAGCGGCUGAGACAUCACCAUGGAAACGGUUCCAUUGGGGAUUUCUUUACUGAAACGUGGAACGCUGUAGCAUGCUGCUGUUGGAAAAGACUGAGUGAGGCUUUGUUUUUUGUUUUUUUUAUGAGGAAAUGUGCCACAAAAUUCCUCACAUCAACCAAGAAAUUCCUUCAAUAGAAUAAAAACUGUGCUUGAACCUUUUAAUAAAACUUGGGGAAAGGGAGGCUACCACCUCCUAACACGCCGGGCUCAACACACCUGUCAACCAAUCAGAGCUUCCCUGUUGCCGAGACUUCACUGUGGACAGACAAUCGCGCACUAAGAAAGCCAUCAUUGGUGUCUGUCAGUAGGUAUGGCUGCUUGUGCUGGCAUUUAAACAGUUAAACAUUUCAUACAUUAAGCAUUGAGAUAAACGUGUUCUCCGCCAGGGUCUUAUUUCAAUAAUAGACAUGUUAAAAAGCCAUUCAUAUUUACUAAAGCGUAGGGAAAUCUAAUUUGUAUACAUUUUUUUCUAAUUAUUGGAACUAACAGUAUAAUUUACUGAGGGGUUCUGGAACAGUAUGUUUACUGAACUAAACUAAAUACAGAAAGUGUAGACAUAGGUUUUCACUUGCUAUUUUAUGUGCUAACAAAGGAAAAGUGUCCUUUUUUAAUAUUACUGCUCGGAUCGAGGCACAUCACCACACAAUCGACUUGCCGUACUACUGUAAAGACUCACCUUCUAAGGCAGAGAUUGCAUUUUCACAGUGGUUUAGCUAAGUGUGGUGCAAACCCUCUACUUGUUUGUCUGGUUACGUUAAUGCCCCUAGUUUGAUUAGAUUCUUAUUAAUGUAUUCUAAAAUGCAUGUGAACAAGUGCCUCAGCUACAACCACAAAGAUUGUCUUGAGUAUUUUUUUCAUACUUUAUAAUGAAUAGUGCACUGGAACAAUAAAAAUACAGUAAAUAACCGCAGUAAAUUUACGGUAUGUCUGGUUGAUGUAAAAUAGUAUAAAGCUAAAAUUUAGCAAACUUAUUGUAAUAUUCUUAAUAAAGAAAAUUGAUGAAUUGCAUCUGCAUAUGUUCUAUUCAGUUCAGAUCAGUUAAUGAUCAGAGUGUGUGUGUGACAGUGUUGCACUUUAUACUGUAUUGGAAAAUAUUUAUAAUGACACCUUGAAACAGAAAAUGUCAAACUGAAAGGCUGUUUGGACAAGUCCAUGGUGGUUUAUACAUCUAUAGACAAGCUAUUUUGGACUCACCAGUGGAUGGUGAAACAGCCUUCAAUAAUAAUAAUAAUAAUAACCUAACAAGGGAAAGAAUUAAUCAUUUGGGUUAAAAAAAAGUAAGUGCAAACAUAAGUAUUGUUUUUUAUAUAUCCACCAAAAUGAUUUUGAACAUUACUACCACCCAGAGCCUUUAUCUGCUGGUCUUAUAAUCAUCUUAUCAUCCUCUAUCAAUGCCUUUAGCGCUUCUUCUUCAUUCGUAGUUACAUUUAGUUUCAUUUCAUUUCUAACUGCUUCAAUAUACAUGUCUAACCAUGUGUUUCUUCCCUCUGGAGGAGUCCAACGAUGCUUUCUUUUCAUUUGUAUUCCAUGUUCACGCACACAUUCUGAUUCUGUGUGUGUUUCAUUAUAAAAGUAUUCUGCUAGCCUCAUUCGUCUUUCCCAUUCUUUGAAUUAUGUUAUUAACUUAUCCUUAUUUAUGUAUCUUCUUGCCCCUUGCAUAGUAAUGCUUUCUGUGAUACUGUUAAUGGCAAGUGUUCAUGCGUUGCCCAGCUGUAUGUAAAAAGUCUACUGAUUCCAGUUACCACUGUGGAUAUGUGUUAAAGUUCAUCAGUGUUAAGUGAUACUGGAGACCUUCCUUCAUCUUGUAAAUUAAGAAUGUUAAAAAUCUUCAAUUAACCUGCUAGAAAGCUGGUGGCAUGUCAGGUUUUUAAAGAAGGAAAUAUUAUUGACCUUCUUGGCAAGUUCUUGAGUGAGUUGUGUUUUAAUGAAUGUUUCUUUAAAGCAGUAAAUUGUGCUGUGAAGUAUCAUAAAAUUUGCAGCUUGCAGCUGGACUUUUCAUUUUCUAAACGUUCAGGAUGAUUUCUCUCCUUGUUUAAACCCCUUGUCGUGAAGAAUGAUUG